AUGGCCCGCAUUCUGUGCCUUCACGGCUGGCGCACGAACGCAGCGUUUAUGGAACGACAGCUGGCGCAGUUGAAGGCCAAGCUGGGCGAAUCAGAGUUCUCCCACCUGGAAGGGCCCAUCUCUGGCAUGCUUGCAGCAGAUGACGACGUCGAGCAGGAGUGCAUGCCGCCGUACUACCAGUGGUGGGAACCUCUGGAUGGUGUGGCGGGACAGCUCGAAGCUGUGCGGUACGUGGCCGAGCACAUUCGCACACACGGUCCUUUCGAUGCUCUGCUGGGCUUCUCAGAGGGUGCCGCCUGUGCCACUGCAGUGCUCGCAGCCCUGCAUGGCGCCGGGCGAGGCUCCGCGGAGGUUCGGCAACAGCUGAAGACCGAGCUGGCAGAUGUGCCACGGCCGCGGCUUGUGAUCUGUGUCUGCGGCAUUCCGCCCGAUGACUUCCGACCGGGCUGCUUCUGCUUCGGCCGUGGCAGCAACAAGGUUUGGCAAGUGCCGGUUCCCUCGAUUCAUGUCGUUGGCGAGAGUGACGGCGAUCGACAUGGCAGCGAAGAGCUAGCCGAGGAGUGGUAUGGUGUGUCUCCAGCAGCGGCCAAAAACAGCGACAGCAAGAUCGUUCGCCACCCUCACGGCCACAGAUUUCCUCUGGACUGCCGACAGCUGGCGGACGCUAUUCGAGAGCUCGUUCGCAAGGACUGUGCGCAGCUUGGCGAAGUGAGCCGCCUAGCAGCGGCUGGAUGUUAA